AUGACCAAGCGUAGUGCAGACGAAAAAAUCUCACACUAUAGGAGAAAAUUACGGAAAUUGGAAGAAAAGCAGAAGUCAUCUCGUCGAAGACGAAUAAUAUUUUCGGAUUCAGAAUCAUCAGACUCCGAAAAAAGUCACAAUGACACCGAGCCGGAGAUCAUUGUGGAAAGACCUCAAGCGGACCCUCCAAAUACUCAUCCGGCCGACGAAAGCGUCCCGCCGCUGGGAGAGGGUGCAGGGCCCAACGAGAGCGAAACCACUGAGGGCGACGCCGCUGCCCCGGAGCUUGAUCCCGAGGUGUUACUGGCGCUCGGCGCCAAGACAGAAGACGGCCCCGAGUACGGGGACAAUAUUCAUGCAAAUUUGGCACAGCUUUGGACCCCUUUGUUAAAAAAGGGCCUCACUAAGGAGGAUAAGGAAAAAUUAUUAAAAGAAUAUUUGGUGCCUCAAAAUUGUACAUUAUUGCAAGCACCCAAGCUCAAUCCGGAGAUAUCUGCAGCGAUAACUGAGAGCAGCCGAAAUCGGGACAAGAAAGUGCUCAGUGCACAGCAACAGCUAGGCGCGGGUGUAACCGCUGUCAACAGAGCAAUGGAUUUGAUUUUGAACAGCGAAAACGACAUCAAACUAAAGACUAUUAAAUAUCUUAGCGACGCAUGUCGCAUCCUUUGCGACCUGCACUAUACAGAAACACAAACUCGCAUUAAGCUCAUCACCCCAAGUUUAGACAAAAGCUUUGUGAACGUCGUUCAAGAUUCACGUCGUGAUGAGACCCUGUUCGGAAACAAAUUGUCCGAAAAAAUAAAAGCCUCGAAGACUAUAGAAAAGCAAGGUUUUCAAAUUAAGAAGACUACACCAAACCCUGCACCUUCGGCGUCUACAUCUUCCCGUCCGGCUCCACCACGGGGAAACUGGUCAGCACCUCCCCGCUACCCGAAGGGCGGCCGGGGAGGAGCCAAGAAAAAUCCGGCGCCAAGGAAGCCGCCGUCAUCAGCUCCCGCGACUGCGGCCAAGGCCACCAGCAAGCCGCAGACACGCGGACAGACACGGCAACAGUAGCGCAGAGAUCAUCAUCCAAUGUACAAGCGACUUACCCUGGGUGUCGCGAAGCUCUGCGGACGGCCUUCAUCCAGCAAGGAACCCCAGCCGCGUCAGUAGAGUUGAUGCUCGCGUCGCUCUCCGACAAUACGGUAAAACAAUACGGUUCAUCCCUCAAGUUGUGGUGGGAAUUUUGUUCGACAAACAAUAUUGAUCCUUUCAAUGGUUCAAAUGAAGCCGUCAUAUUAUUCCUUACAGAGCAGUUCAAUAAGGGAGCUAGGUACGGUACACUCAAUAGUCAUCGCUCUGCCCUCUCUUUACUAAAGAGUGACGUAGGAACGGAUGAGCGAGUUAAGCGCUUAUUAAAAGGUGUUUAUAAAUUAAAACCUACGGCGUCAAGAUAUAAUUCCACGUGGGAUCCACAAAUAGUUAUCUCUUGUGUCGCAAACUGGGUUCCUCAUGAAGAAAUUGAAAUGGAGAAACUAACAAAGAAGUUAGUAAUUUUACUAGCUUUGUGCACUGCGCACAGAGUACAAACUUUGUCUUUGAUUAAAGUUGAUAAUAUUUCUAAAAGCUUAAUGGGUAUUCAUAUUAAAAUUACAAAUUCAAUUAAAACCUCAGGCCCUGGUAGAGAACAACCGGUGCUCUUUCUCCCUUAUUUUAGAGAAAACUUGAACAUUUGCCCUGCCACAACUCUUGAUGCUUAUUUAUUUAGAACCAAGGAUAUUCGGGGCGAGAAUAAUAGUCUACUAUUAACUUACAAAAAACCAUAUAAAACUGCAUCACCGCAAACCAUCAGCAGGUGGAUUAAAACCGUUUUGUCGGAGAGUGGCGUGGAUGCGUCCGUUUUCAAAGCGCACAGCACCCGCCACGCUGCCACGUCGGCGGCGGGCGCGGCGGGCGUCUCAGUCGAGGUCAUCCGGAAGGCCGCAGGCUGGUCCCACACAUCGUGCACAUUCGCUAAAUUUUAUAAUAGAAUAGUGCUCGAU